AUGUCAUCCAUCUAUGUUAUUAAAACAGGACCGGACUUGGAGAACCGGCGGGAGCAUGGGCAGCCAGUACACAGACACAUCCACAACCGGGAGCACUUUGUGAACUUUGACGGUGGCUUGGGUGUCUGGGACGUGAUGGAUCUGGGGCUGGGGUGGGAUGGAUAUUGGAACAGCCAGAGGUUCGGAGACCUUACGGCAGAGGUGUAUAAACCCUUGUCAGGUCGUGUGAGUGUGGAACCCAAGGUGAAUAGGUAUCCAUCAAAGAAGGCUCCCCUGGGACACCAUUACCUGCUUAUCUGCUCUGUCAAUGGUUUCUAUCCCAGGGACACUGAGGUCAGGUCCUUCCUGAAUGAGCAAGAGAAAACAGCUAGAGUGGUGUCCACAAGCCUGAUCAGCAAUGGAAACUGGACUUACCCGGUCCUGGUGAUGCUGGAAAUGACCCCCAAGCGUGGAGAAGUCUACACCUGCCAAGUGAAGCCCUUCAGCCUUCAGAGACCUGUGUCCCCUGGACCUCUUUCAGCCUCCCUCUCAUAUUUGGAGACUCCCUGCUUGUGUCCAAGAGGUUAG